AUGUGUUUUCUUGUAAAUUGUUUGAAAAGGUUUAAGAGUUCACAACAAUGGUUAAGUCGUCAAAGGGCAGAUCCUUAUGUUGAAAAGGCUAAAAUACAUAAUUAUAGAUGCCGUAGCGCCUUUAAACUACUUGAAAUGAAUGAAAAGGCUAAUAUCCUGCAUCCUGGACAAACUGUUAUUGAUCUUGGUGCCUGUCCAGGCUCUUGGACGCAAGUGGCUGUGCAAAAGACCAAUGCCGAUGGAUCCGACUCAUCUAAACCCAAAGGAACAGUUUUGUCUAUAGACAAAUUACAAAUAUAUCCUAUUCAGGGAGCCACAAUAAUGAGUAAUAUGGAUUUUUCAACAAUCGAGGCACAUGAUAAAGUAAUAGAAGUUUUAAAUGGUAAGAAAGUGGAUUUGGUUCUGUCAGACAUGGCACCCAGUGCAACAGGAAUAAGGGAAUUAGAUAAAGAUAGAAUUAUAGGUCUUUGUUAUAUGGCUAUUAGAUUUGCAGCUCUUGUCACAAGAAUAGAUGGCAACUUAUUAUUUAAAGUAUGGGAUGGUAAAGAAGUGCCUAUACUAGAAAUGGAUUUAGAGAGAUUUUAUAAAAGCAUAAAGAUCAUGAAACCACAAGCCAGUAGAUCAGAUUCUUCAGAGAAGUUCAUUCUUGCUCGAGGUUUUAGAGGUAUUCAAAGGCCAUUAGAAAAUGGUCGCUGGGGA